AGGGCAUUGUUUUGUCUUUGUUAGGGCAUGUUUGGCUUCUUCUAACCUUUGGGAAUAUGUAAGAGGAAAGGGUCUUUGAGAAGCCAGGCCACUGGCCACCCCCUGAUUCCUUAUCCACCUAAUGCACUGACAAAAACCAUUUAAAAAGUUGGCUGAAAAGUUAAAGAAACAGAAGAAAGAAAGAGGAAAUUAAGGAAAGACAAAAAGCUCUAGAGUAAAAGGGAAAGGCUUAGCUUCUCGUAAAAUUCCAUAUUCCACUGAUAGAGGGAACGACAACAAUUCAUAAAACGACCAAACCUUCCUUCAUGCGUUGUCGACAACGUUGCCAUGAGCUGAGCAAAGCAAAGCAAGCCCCUUCCCCCCUUUGAACCCAUUUUUGACUCUCUUGUUUUUCAUUAAAAGCCAGACUCCACAGAGAGAGAAGAAAAAAAAAGGAAAUAAAAAAACCAGAAACAGAAAAGGCUUUGUUUUGGGAAUUUUAUGUGCUUUCAAUUGGGUUCUUGAUCAGUUGCAAAACCCAGUAAGGAUUUUACUUAACCCUGCUUCUGUAAUUAAUAAGCUGGUCUAUUGGUUUUUCUUUUUCUUUUGAAUUUUGUAUUAAUUGAUGAUAUUUCAUUAUUUCAUGAACCUGUCUUUUGGAAGAAUUCAUCUUUCAUUGUUUUUCCCUAAAGACAAUUGGGGCUGUCUUAACAUUUUUUUGUUAGAUCCUAGCCUUUCUAUUUGUUAGACCUCUUUAUCUUUUUCUCGUGGGAUAUUUGGUCUGAUGCAUUUGUUAGACUUCUAAAUCCUCUGGUUGUUUUGGCAUAAAACAAAGACUCCAAAUCUGUUUUUUUUUUUUUUUGGGUGAAAUCUUGUGAAUGUUAACUAUAUUCUGGUACUUUGAGCUGAUGAAAUUUUGAAUCUUGCAUGAAAGUGUGAUGUUUUCUCUUUAGAAAAGACCAGAACUUUUCUUAGCAUUCUUUUUUUUUUUUUUUUGGCAAUUAUAAUCUGGUUUUGCUUCUUAUAUUCAAAAACUUCUGGGCCUUUUCUUUUAACGGUGUCAAUGUUCCAAGACGAAUCAUCGUCUGUAACAUCAUCACCUCUCCAAGUUUUCUCCAUGAUGUCACUCUCACCUAACUUAGGAUCACCAUAUCCAUGGCUCAGAGAGCUAAAAUCUGAAGAAAGGGGUUUAUAUUUGAUCCAUUUAUUGCUCACUUGUGCCAAUCAUGUAGCUACCGGUAGCCUCGAAAAUGCAAAUAUUGCCCUUGAGCAAAUAUCCCAACUUGCUUCUCCUGAUGGUGAUACUAUGCAGCGAAUGGCUGCCUACUUUACCGAGGCGCUUGCUGAUAGAAUCCUCAAAGCCUGGCCUGGUCUCCACAAGGCCCUCAAUUCCACAAGGAUAACUUUGCUGUCAGAAGAAGUUCUUGUUCGGAAACUAUUUUUUGAGAUGUUCCCCUUUUUGAAGGUGGCCUUUGUUCUUACGAACCAAGCUAUAAUCGAAGCAAUGGAAGGUGAGAAGAUGGUUCAUAUAAUUGAUCUCAAUGCAGCUGAACCUGCACAGUGGAUUGCACUUAUUCAAGCUUUGAGUGCUAGGCCUGAAGGGCCACCCCAUAUGAGAAUUACGGGGAUUCAUCAACAGAAAGAAGUAUUGGAUCAAAUGGCUCAUAGAUUGACUGAAGAAGCUGAAAAAUUGGACAUCCCAUUUCAGUUUAAUCCCAUAGUCAGCAAAUUAGAGAAUCUUGAUAUUGAGAAAUUGCGUGUUAAAACUGGGGAGGCUCUGGCAAUCUGCUCUGUUCUCCAACUGCACUCCCUUUUGGCUUCUGAUGAUGAACACUUUCGGAAGAAAUCGCCAUUAGCAAUGAAGAACUUGAACGGAAUUCACUUGCAAAGAGCGCUCCAAAUGAACCAGAACACUUUAGGAGAGUUGCUUGAAAAGGAUAUGGUUAAUGGGUAUAGCCCUAGCCCUGAUUCAGCCUCAUCGUCACCAUUAUCUUCAACUGCUUCAGUGAAGGUAGAUAGUUUUCUUAAUGCAUUGUGGGGUUUGUCGCCUAAACUCAUGGUGGUAACAGAACAAGAUUCUAAUCAUAAUGGAUCUACUUUAAUGGAGAGGCUAUUGGAAUCUCUUCACUCUUAUGCAGCAUUGUUUGAUUGUUUGGAGUCUACUGUCUCAAGAGCAUCUUUGGAGAGACUCAAAGUGGAAAAGAUGCUGUUUGGAGAGGAAAUAAAGAACAUAAUAGCCUGUGAGGGAGCUGAGAGGAAGGAGAGACAUGAAAAGCUUGAGAAGUGGAUGCAAAGGCUUGAUUUGGCUGGCUUUGGAAAUGUUCCUUUGAGUUAUUAUGGCAUGUUGCAGGCGAGGAGAUUGCUGCAGGGCUAUAACUGUGAUGGGUAUAAAAUGAAGGAAGAGAAUGGAUGUGUAGUAAUUUGCUGGCAAGAUCGACCACUUUUUUCUGUAUCAGCUUGGAGGUGUAGGAAGUAAACUAUGAAACAUGUAGUUUCCUGGUAUCUCAGUUUUUUUCUUUCAUUUUAUCAAAUGAAAUCAAAAGGAUUUUGUUCAUCUUUUAGUUCAUACUUCCCCAAUAUGCUCCUUGUCUUAGGUGAAAUUCCCCUCGUUAUCUUACACUUGGUAAUCUUGCAGGUUAAAGCUUAACUUUUGAGUGCAUUGUACAGUUAGUUUUUCUUGAUAAAUUUGAAAAAAGAAAGUUCAAAAACGAGUUGAAGUUAUGAUUCUACACAUACUUAUUGUAAUCACUUUAGACAUUAAUAUAAGAGAAAGGGGUAU